AUGUCUGUAUCGGAGAAUACUACAAACGAUUUAAGGGUUGCAAGAAUGUUGAUGAAGAAAAUUGGUGAAACUUUCCAGGAUUUCCAGUCACAUUCUUUCUCAAUUCUUACACUCGGCGAGCAAUGGCGAAGUUUACAGAACUCACUCGGAACAAUUCACAACUCGUUGGAGGAGCGAGUCAAGGCGGUUGAGUCCAAGGAGAGAGAAAUUGACAUGAACAGAAUUAGGCUUCAGAAUUUCAAGAAGGAAGUUGAAGUGCGGCAGAAGAAGUUGGAGUUUGAGGAGAAUUUGCUGAAACAGAGGAUUGAAGGUGUGGAGAUGAGAGAGAAGCAGGUUAAGGAGUGGUGUGAGUGUUUGGAGUUGCAGAGGAGAGAGAAUGCAGAGCGUGUUAAGGCGGCGGAGGUUUGCGAGAAGCGAUUUGCCGAGGGUUUUGAGCGAGUUAAGGCGGUGGAUGUUGCGGAGGCGAGGGUUUCGGAGCGGCGGAAGGCGGUGGAGGAGAGAGAAAAUGAGGUGGAGGAGCGGCGGAGAGUGGUGGAGGAGAAGGAGGGGGAAGUCGAGAAGCGGUGGCGAGAGGUGGAGGAGAGUGAGAGGGAGGUUGCGGAGCGUGUGGCGGAGUGUUGUGUGAGGGAGAAGGAAGCAAAGGCGGCGGCGGAGGAGGUGGGAUUGAGGGAGGUAAUGAUGAUUGAGAGAGGGGAUGGAUUGGAUGAGAGGGAGAAAAAAUUGAAGGAAUUUUCGGAAGAAUUGAAUAGGAGGUUUGUUUUGUUGGAAGAAAAAGAGGAUGAAUUGGGGUUGACAGAGAAGGAAAUGGAUGAAUUAUUCAAUGCUGUUAGAUUGAAGGAGAUUAAUGAAAUGAGCAGAAUGUUGGUGUCUAAAGAGAAGGGAUUGGGAUUGAAGGAGGUUGAAGUUGGGGAACGAUGGAAGGAGCUCGAGUCGAAGGAGAAGGAGAUUGAUGAGCGUUGUCAAGUGUUGGAGGGUAAAGAGAAGCGAAUUCGGGGAUGUGAGGAAGAUAUGGAGUUGAAAAAGAAGGAGAUUGAUGAGCGUUUUGUAGGGUUAGAGGCUAAAGAGGAGCGAAUUCGGGAGUGUGAAGAAGUUGUGGAGUUGAAAAGGAAGAGGAUUGACGAGCGGUUUCAAGUGUUGGAGGCUAAAGAGAAGGGGAUUCAGGAGCGUGAAGAAAGUAUUGAGUUGAAAGAGAAGGAUGUCGAUGAGCGUUGUAAAGCGAUGGAGGAGAAAGAGAAGCAAAUUCAGGAGCAUAAAGAAGCUAUGGAGUUGAAAAUGAAGGAGAUGGGUGAGCGUUGUGAGGUGUUAGAGAUGAAAGAGAAGCGAAUUCAGGAGCAUGAGGAAGCUGUGAAGGUGAUUGAGAAGGGGAUUGGUGAUCGUUUUGGAGUGUUAAAGGCUAGAGAAGAGCAAAUUCAGGAGCAUAAAGAAGCUCUGGAGUUGAAAAUGAAGGAGAUGGGUGAGCGUUGUGAGGUGUUAGAGAUGAAAGAGAAGCGAAUUCAGGAGCAUGAGGAAGCUGUGAAGGUGACUGAGAAGGGGAUUGAUGAUCGUUUUGGAGUGUUAAAGGCUAGAGAAGAGCAAAUUCAGGAGCAUAAAGAAGCUCUGGAGUUGAAAAUGAAGGAGAUUGAUAAGCAUCGUGAAUUAUUAGAGGUUAAACAGAAGCGAAUCCAGGAGGGUGAGGAAGGUAUGAAGUUGAAAGAGAAGGAGAUUGAUGAUCGAUUUGAAGUGUUACAGGUUAAAGAAAAGGAAAUUCAAGAGCUUAAAGAAGCUGUGGAGUUUAAAGAGAGCGAGAUUAAUGAUCGUUUAGAAGUGUUAGAGGCUAAAGAAAAGCAAACUCGGGAGUGUAAAGAAGCCGUGGAGUUGAAAGAGAAGGAGAUUGUUGAGCGCUGUGAAAUGUUAGAGGUUAUAGAGAAGCGAGUUAGGGAGUGUGAGGAAGAUAUGGAGUUGAAAGAGAAGGAGAUGGAUUCGCGAAAGAGGUGGCUUGAGAUUAGUGAGAAAGAUGUAACUAAGCAAUGCCAAUCAGUGGAUGCGAAAGAGAAGCGAUUGAGUAAGCAAAGUAAGGUGUUAGAGUUGAAAGAGAGGCAGAUGAGUGAGCAAUGUGAAGUGUUGAAGUUGAAGGAGGAGCAAAUAAUAAAAAGCUGUGAAAACUUGGAAUUGAAAGAGAAAGAAUUAAAAGAACUUUCCCAAGCUCUGGAUUUGAAAGAGAAGCAGCAAGAUAAGAUUUUCCAAGAAACCGAGGAUAAGGCAAAAGAAUUUGACAUUCGUUUCAAAGAAAUGGAGUCGAAAGAGGAGGAGAUGAAUGCGCGUUGGAGGUGGCUUGAGAGUAGUGAGAGAGAUUUUGAAAAGCAAUGCCAAUUUGUAGAAGUGAAAGAGAAGAAAUUGAGUGAACAAAGUAAGGCCAUAGAUUUGAAAGAGAAACAAGUUAUGGAACUUUGCCAACAAGUGGAAGUGAAAGUAAACGAAGAUUUGAAAUUGAAGGAAAAGGAACUUAAUAAGCGUUAUGAACAGAUGGAACUGAAGGAAAAAGAGAUUAAAGAGCGUUUCCAAGCAUUGGAGACCAAAGAGAAGCAAAUCAGUGAGCGUUGUAAAGCGUUGGCUUUAAUAGAAACUCGAAUUGAUAGUCGCAACAAGGGCCUACAGUUUGAAGAGAAAUUAAUCAAGGAACGUUGGCGAAAAUUGGAAUUCAAAGAGAAGCAAACUAACGAGUCUUGCCAACGGAAGGAGUUACUAAAGAAGGAAAGUGAUGAGUCUUUAAUCGAGAAGCAAAAUGAUGAGCAAUUUAUACUUUCUCGUUGUCAAUCAUUAGAGCAUAAAGAGAUGGAGAUUGUAAGCAGCAGCUGCAAACAAGCUAGUCAGGAGCUACCGGAUUCAGAUAUCGCUAAAUUAGCAAAUGUUUUAGCUCCUUCCUCACCAGAAAUUGGUGCCGAUAUUUCCUUUUUGUGCAAAAAUAUGGACGUUGAUGGUGUGAGAUUAUAUCUGGUUAAGCAUGUGAGGGAGCUUGGUAUCUUGCAUUACAGUAUAUUGAAUGCGCUUAGAUGUGCACCUGAUCCUGGAAAGCUUGUUUUUGAUGUCUUGAAAACUUUCCACCAAUACAAGCUUCAAACGGAAGCUAAUAAAACUCGGUGCUCAUUUUUGUUUAAACUGUUGAUGGAAAUAUCACCACCAAUUACACCUGAAUUUAUAAAUGAAGCAAAAAGUUUUGCUGCUCUUUUAAAGACUAAGUUGCACGGGAGUAAUUCUACCAAAAAUCAUUUUGUGUUUUUUGAAUUGUUAGCUAAAUUCAACCUAGCAAGAUUUUUCAAAGCUGAAGAGCUUCUCUCACAUUUGACAAUUUUUUAUGAUGGCAAUGAUGUCUACAUCUAUCUGCCUGGGAUCCUAAAUUUAUGCCGUGUGUUGGGACUUUCCAAGAAAAUUCCAGAUCAUAUCAGAUCCCUUAUUAAGAGUAAGAAGUGUCUUUUGGCAAUCAAGUUCAUCUGCCAUUUUAAGCUGGAAUACAAUUUUCCGCCAGUACCUCUGCUGAAAGAACACUUGGAAUCUCUGAAGCAAAGAGUGAACGAGAUCCAAAAGGAUGGAACUAUUCAAUCAAAGGCAGACAAUUGUAUUGCUGUAUGUGCUCAAUGGAAACACAGCUCAUUUAGUGACACUCAUCGUGAUUAUGUAAUUGGCAGACAACAUGAUCAACUUCCAGGCUCUCAUAUAGUCUUCUUAUCUUAUCUAAUUUUGGAUAUUGAAACCUUACCUAAUUUGUCCUCUUUGUUAUUCCACUUUGACCUGAAAGUUUAUUUCUCGUUUCCAGUUUUACACUCUUUUACUAUGGAAGCCGAAUGCAUGGAAUUAAAGAGUCUCCAAGAUGUAGCUAAAUGCAUUACAUAUUUUAUGCUCGAGUCAAAAUUCCCACUUUAUUCCCUUUCAUCACGCAUCAUGGAAUUGGAGAAGGGGAAAGAAAUUAAGAAACGCAGAGCAGGCACUUGGGCUUCAAGACAGCUAGAAAAGCGAGCUCGAGCAGAGAAUGAUGACCAAGUAGCUCCUUCGGAUAUGACACCCUGUCUUAAACCUAUGCCACAUUCUUCUGGACACAAAACUCUUUUUACGUCUAAUGUACAUACAUCUAAUGGCUCAAGCUCUGGAACUGAUCCACAUUGCAGCUCUGGUCAUUUCGUGUCUCCUCCUAAUGUGCCGCCUUCGUCUGUGGGUAAAUUGAAGUUUCUGGAUGGAUAUGUUGUUGAGGGUAUUGCAGGGGGAAGUAUGGGGAAUGUCGGGGGAAGUGUUGAUAACGUUGCGGGGAAUGUUGGGACUGUUGAUGUGCCUGCUUCCGAGGGCAUAAUACAGGUCAUUCUUCCACCAGGUUCAAUGUCAGAUCAAGAGAAUCAUUCGGCUGCUAUUGAUAAUGAUAAGAUUAAAGAGUUGCUUCUUUUACGCUGUGUAAAUGAUGAGGCCAUCAACUCUUUGGGACUUACUUUGUCCCAAAAUGAUCAAUUUUUCAUGGAUCCUCGAGUGCAUGUUGUUAUUAAUGAGAUUUCUGAACUUAUAAUAGCACCAUUACAAGCAACAGCAGCCAAGUCAGAGAAGUUUCCAGAAGAUCAAUACAGUCAGCACUCAGCAGCAGCUAAAUCAGAAAACUCUCUAGAAUAUGGUGAUAACUAA